UCGGGACCCGCCAGGGCGCGGAAAUCUAUGAUCGUUUCCCUGUUCUGCGCGGCGGGGCUGGGAGUGGCGGCGAUGCUGUUCGCGACGGCGAUGAGGCACAGGGGGAGCUCAAGGCCGAGAAUUGGGGCCAACAUAAACCUGGGAUCAUUCUACCUGGUUGGGAUGCCGGUGGCGGUUGUUCUUGGGUUCGGGCUGAAGAUGGGCUUCGCCGGACUGUGGUUGGGCUUUCUGGCGUGCACCGUUUUCAUGCUCCGCUCCCUCACUACAACCGACUGGACCCUCCAAGCCGAAAGAGCCAAGCAGCUCACCGCCACCACAACCACCCAAUCUUCGCCGCCCAUUCCUCCAUUUGAUAAGCAGAGCAAGGCCGCCGCCGCCGCCAAAGUUGCAUCGGAGACCUUUUGCGGCAGAGACACGGCGCGAGACGGCUGUUCCAUAGAAAUGGAACCUUUCAUAAGGGGAAAUUCCCUAAAUGACGACGAAAUCCGCAAAGACACCUGGACUCGCGAACCUGCCCCGCUCUCCGACGCAGGGAACCCCGAUUUUGGAAAAGAUUCUGACGACGAAGGGUGGCCCUUUCCUUCAGCUGUCGAUCGUGUGCUAUCAUCGCUCAGCAACGAAGGAGAUGAGAAGCAGACGCCGAACCCUAAUUCUGGGGUUGGGGAUUUGAUGAAGGACUUGGAGGAUGAUCUUGAGGAGCUUGAUGAUGAUAAUGAUGAAGGUGGAAGCCUUGCCGGGGAGGGUAGUUCAAAGGGUGAUAUGGUGGAGGAUGAGGAGGAAUUUGAUGUGCGGAAAUCCUUUGGAAUGGACUCCACUCUUGAUUUCGAGGAAGAAGAGGAUGUGUAUGAUAAAGUGGCUGUUGGAAGGGAAAAAACUGGUGAUCGUUUGUAUUUGUCGGAUGUCAAUGAUUAUAUGCCAGAUUUUUAUUCCUGUGAUGGAAUUCUAGACACUUUUAAGGAAGCCUCUAGAGAUCCACGUGCUAACCACUUGGGCGCGGAACUCAGGCUUCAAGAAGACGCGGAGGCUGCCAGAAGCUUUAAUUCUUUGCAUGUUUCUAAGGAAGCGAAGGAUAAUGUGUUUGACACUCCAAAUAGCAUAUCCGAGUACGGAAAUAAUGUAAAGUCGAUCUUGAAACGAAAGGAGGAUCAAAUGGGUUGGAGGUCAGAAAAACGUGUUCGGUUUGAGCCAAGCUGCAAAGCUAGUGGUGAGUCCAAAGGAGAUAAAACCAUAAUAUCCGGAGUGUCUUACGGAGACAUUACUUUGCACCAGGAAUCUUCGUCGAAGCAUCGGGAUUCUUCAAAGGUUCCAGAUUAUGUGCGCAAUCCUUCAAGGUACACCCAUUACACAUUUGAUUCAGGGACUGAUAUGAAUGAAGAGUCUAAUCGCCAAGCAUACACGGAUUUCAUCAGCAUGCUUAAAAAGCCCAAGUCGUCAGAGCCAGAAGAAGUUCCUGCUGAUAUCUCAAAACCUGUGAUAUUCAAUCCAAAGAAGAGAACUGGUCAAGGUUUGAUGUCCAUUACCCGUAAUGAGACUGAUGUGGCCAAGGAGAUAUUAAUGGAGAGGCCUAUGAACCGGAAAAGCUUGCCUGUCAGUUUUGCUUCAGGGGGUAUGCCUGAAGACGAAGCAAGGGAUAUGGAGGUAGAUGAACAAGUAACUGAACAAAAAAAAACGGUCAAGGGCGGGGGUGAACGAACAGCUCGCCAUUAUCGUUCCAGACAGAGCUUAGAGUCCGACAAGGGUGAUUCUUGAUCUGUGAUGUGCAAAGGGGGAGCAUCUCAUUUGUUUGUAACUCGCAGGAGAUUGAGUUGUUGUGCUAUACUAAUUAAUUAUUAAUACUAAGUACUACAAAGGGGGAGCAUCUCAUUUUUGUUUUCACUUUUCAGUCUUAACCAAUAUAAGAUUCCAUUUUAC